AUGAGCUGCGUCAACAACAGUCAGAUGAAUAGAGAUUUUGCAGAGACCAUUCAGCUGUGUGAAAACUUGGCUUCAGAGAAGGACGAGGUAGUUGCCGAGUGCGACUACCUGAAACAAGAGCUGGGAAUGUUCAUAGAGCAGACUGAAAGUUUAGAGAAGGAGCUGGCGGUCCUGUCCAAGGAACUGAAGGAGAGGAAGGAUUUGGAUGAGUUCAAAUCUCUGGAGGAAGAGUUCAGGAAUGAGCAAGAGAGUGAGUUUCAAAAGGAAAUUUCUAGUCUAAAGAAGGUUGUCAACUCUUACGAGGUCCAGAACCUGGAGCUUCAGAAUAAACUACAAACUGUGUCUGGGGAGCUGGAAAAGAAAACAGAAUUUGCAGAGGAUCUUCAGAAAAUGAGUGGUAAAGACUUGGUGCAAGAGGUGGCGAAGCUUCGCCGCUCUCUGGACGACGCAGAGGGGAUCAGCAGGGACACCAAGAAGGAAUGGGCCUUCCUCCGUAGUGAAAACAUUGCUUUGAAGGAGCAGAAUAUGAACCUGACUGAAAACCAUGGGAAGAUGGAGGCAGAGCUGAACAGCCUGCAGGUUCAUCUGGAGAAAGAGCAAUCGCGCUACAAGAAGAUGCAGACGGAUCUCCAAAAAGAGCUGAAUAUUGCAUUUGAUGAAAACACCAAGCUCACCACCCUGCUGGAUGGCAAAGUUCCCCAAAAUUUGAUAGACAGCUUGCAGCUUGAGAGAACCGUGGCCGACCUGAAUAGAGAGCUGACAGCGUCCAAUCAGGCAAAGGAAGCACUCGGAGCUCAGCUGGAACAACUGGCUUCACUUCAGACUCUUCCAGAAAAAGUGGACAGCUUGACAGGACAGUUAUGUAAUUUGACAGAAGAGCUAAAUGAUGUUAAAACUCAAAGAGACGGCCUGCUCUCAGUUCGAGCUGAAGAUCAGCAAGAGUCUCAGAAGCUCAGAGAGUCUUUACAUACGUCUCAAGAAGAGGUUUUGAACAUUCAAGCAGAGCUUGGAGCGUCUGCUCUCAGAGAGACGGAGCUGGAACAGCAGCUGGAGCUUACUCCGCUCAGAAGAAACUAG